UCCUUAAACGCACCAUUUCUCGAGAUUUUUUUCAAAACAAUCGUAAUUAUCCGAGGCUCCGAAUUUAUUUGGAAAAUAAUGGCGUUUCUCAACAAAUUCCUCUUGUUCGUGGGCUUUUUGUCACUCCUGCAUGCGGCGUAUUCAGCUGCUCAACAUCGAGCUUACUUGAGAAUCACGGAUCAGGAAUUCGCAAAUCUUCCAGUGGAUAUAAUAUUUCAAGCGAUUUUAAGUCUGUUUUUGAUUAUCUACAACAUUCUGCAAGUGGUAGGUGAUUUCAAAGAAAUUCGAGCGGCUGUGGAUUUACAAGCUAAAUCUUGGGAAACGCUAGCGAAUAUUCCAUCGUUUUAUACUUUCAACCAUCGUGGUAAGGCGUUGGCACCGUUUUAUGAGCAACCGAAUCCGGGCUCGAUGGAUCGGUCCGAUCUAAGUGCGAUGGAAUGAAACCUAUUAGGCAUGUAUUAUUUAUUUGUAAUUACCAAAUAAAUAGUUGUAUCAUA